UGCUGCAGCCGUUUGCUGUUUUGUUGCUUUCGGAACGCCGUACCGUACGGUUAUGGACAAUCUAGCUAUCCUCGGUCGCUCCCGACAGGAGCUCAAUUACUGAGUCAGUGUACCGUUCUAGUUCUACGUUGAGCCAUAAAUAGCCUUUAUUUGGAGGAGAAAACAGAGGACAAGUUUGGAGUUUUGUUUGAUUGCUUCCGCUGUGUCUUCUCGGCUUGCUUUCAAGUUGUAUCACACGGUUACGGAAGGUAGCGGACCUUCGUGAAGUGAAAAUAUUUAAUUUAGCUGAGUGAGAGAACAGAGAAAUGUGCUGAAACAUGAGUUAAAAACUUGCAAAGUAGUGUUCGGGGUAAGCACAAAGGUUUUCACUCUAUUUACGACGUGCUCCAGUAAAGCAGAACGUAAUAAAAGUCGAACAACGACAGGCAGUGGCAAUUAUGCCAUCACAAUGAGUGUACACUGAGCUUCCGUUGAAAAUUGGAUUGAAAUUCGAAAAUACCCAGCGCUGAUGAUUGUUGGCGGAUCGGCUAAUGCUAUCCGGCAUCGGGGAAAGUGAAAAGUGCACUUUUGCGUCGUCGUCGUCGUCGUAUCGCUAGUGAAACGUCAAAUUGGAUCGGACGCGCCCCUCUGCGUCGUCGGCAGAAGACAGAAUAGUCACCACCCAGCCGGAAUAAUAAUGGCUCACUUCUCCAUCUCGGAGAUGCCGGAUAUUAAAGUGACGGAUACGUUCCCGAAAAGCGGCCGUGUCACCGAAGUGUGCAAAGAAUGGCUGGUCCGAGAAGAUAGUGCCUUAGCGUACCAACUCCAGAACAAAGAAAUCUCCGAGCACUACAAAGGGAACAAGCACCGGAACCAAAUCGUGCGCCAAGACUUUCCAACUGCUCUGUCGGAGCAAAUCCGGGAGAAGGAAGACGCCGAACGUCAGGCCGCACUGUAUCAUCAGAUGAUCAAUGAGCAAGAAGAGAUGGACGCCAAAGUUGCACGUGACAUCGCAGACCAGCUGAGACGCGAGACCGAACUGAAGCGUAGACUUGAAGCGGAGAAAGGAGAAGUGUUGGCACGGAGACUUCAAGAACAGGUAGCAAUUAGCGGUCGAAAACAUCAUCGGCCCGUUGAACCCGAUCUCGCUUUCCCACUGCCACCGAGAAAUCAUCCCAAACCUGCCCAACAACAAGUGCCGGUAAGACCACCGUCGCUGCACCACGCUUCGCCAUACAUCGCACAUUCACCACCGGAAAUGACAUCCGCGAUGGAUCAACCGGAUCUGCAUUACGCCUCACUAGAGCUGAACUCACCGAAACGACCACCGCCACAGCCCGGUUUUCAGAACGGCAGAAACGCUUCCGCUAACAUAUAUCAGGAAAUUGCUCACAAUCCCAUGCCAAGCUAUCAAACCAGAUACGAUCAAGAUGAGGAAGGUUAUACAAACAUUAACCUACACUCACACACGCCCGAGAAGAAGCAACCAGCUUUCUCAAACACUCGAAGCGGUUCGACAUCCGUCGAUAUCGUAGACAGCAUUAGGCGGUACGAUCUACCGUACGAAAGUGAAUUCAGCUACCAACUGCCGCCAGCUCCGAAUCUCAACGACUUCACCGGUCACGGCCAGCGGUUUAACAAUAUGCGAUCCCACAACACGAAAUCCGAUGGUGCCUAUAAUAAGUUCAACAACAAUGUUUCCACCGAGGAUGAUUUUCGAAACAACUCAACUGCUUUCAACAAAAUUUCCCCGGAAAAAAUCGUUAGCCCACCCACCUUGGUCGGUGCCUACGGCGGAGCAACCAGCAAACCGUCCCGAGCGUCCGUCAACUAUAACGUGUACGACGAUGAUGACAUCGGAGAGGCGCUUGCUCAGCCUCUGCCCUCGAAUCACACGCCUCAAUUGAACCAGAUCGGCCUUCCGACGAAUCUGGACAUGGGAGCAAGCUCUAGCUCCCGAUAUUCGAACAACAGCGGCAGCAAUCUUGGUCAUAGUUCGCACUCUCAUCAUCAACACGUUCACCACCAAAAUCCGCACCUGUACCAAAACCACCAUCCUCACCAUGUCCAACAGCAGAUACAGCAACAAGCUGCUCCGCAGCACAGCCAGCCGUCGCCGGCGCAUUCCAAGAGUGGCAGCUACGAGAAAUCGGACAGGAUUCGAGCGCUCAAAGAUUUGGGUUUGCCGCCAGAUGAAAUCCAAGAGAUCGAUAAACGACUCGAACAGGAACUGAAGGACGAGGAACUAGCUCGUAAACUUCAAGAGCAAGAAGCGGAUGAGUUGGAUCAAGAGGUUAUCGAUCGACGAGUUGCCAUGGAAGCUCAAGACAAAGAGCUGGCAAAAAUGCUCCAGGAACGUGAAAGGGCUAAGGCAAAAAGGGCUCGUGAAAAGGCUCGCCUCAAGAAAGAAAUGCAACGACAGCAGCAGCAGCAACUGCAAGAUUCUGAAUCUCAAGAACCCGGUGCCGUUGGUGAAGGCAAUUUAUCUCCCCAUCAAGGUGAUAUGGAACCUGCUUCCCUUGAAGCAGUGGCUGGUGAUCCGGAUGGAGAUUCCUACUCCAAUCCAGUAGACGUACUGCAGCAAUCUCAUAGUCCAACUGUAAUACCUAGCGAUACGGCUAGUGGCAGUAACAAACGAUAUUUCGGAGCUCCCACCCAUUCUCCUGAGCAUGGUUCAGCGCAGCACCGAACACAGGGCAGCAUUUCGUCCCAUGGAUCUGGAUCCGGGAAUAACUAUUUACAAGCGCAAUUGUCUCCAAAUGAAGACAGCUACUCUAAUCCGAUAGAUAUGAUCAGGCACCAAAAAUCUGCGCCGAACUUCAAACUCUCAGCAAACGUGCAAAGGUUAGUUGAAAACGGUCGCAAGGAAGACGACAUUUACGUUCUUCCAGUCGCCGAAAGAGAGGAAGGCCGAAGUCCCAAAAGACCAAAUCAUCUAGACAUCAGAGGCGCACGUGCUGGUGUUACAAGAAGUCAGUAUACUGACGACAACAUAGCAGCCCGGAUUGAUCCGACGUACAACUCCUCAGGUACUAGCCCACUAAAUUCUAGUUCAAUGACAGCGUCAACGCUCUCUUCGCCUCCUGAUAUCCUCGAAUUCUCUGAUCCCGGAUCAUCUAGUCCAGUGCCACCAUAUAUGCCGAUACAGGGAACCAGGAGAAACAAUUCAGCCGACAAUAAGAAACGAAAAUCAAAAGAACGUUGUGCUCAACAGUGAACCGAAAAUGUAAAGAUGAGCAAUACUUCUCCACUUGUUACUUAUACAUAUUUACUAGUUAGCUCACAUAAUAUCAAAAAUUAUAAUACAAUUAUUAUAAUACUAUCAUUACGAAUACCUGAUUGAUAUGUAAUGUCUAUGGGACAAUAACCCACACAAGUGACACUAACGAAAUGUGAAUAUCCUCGAUAUUGAUUGUUGAUACAUACAAAACCAUGCAAAGAAGCAGAAAAAGAAGAAACGUACACAAACUGCCUAAACAGAUUUUUUUGUUUUCAGAGACAAGCUUUGUGUAGAACAGGCUCCUCAAAGCAGAUUACUGGCCACUUUUAGGCCUACUGAUAGGUUAUAUAUAUUAUUUACAGAGCGGCUAUACUGUUUGUGAAUGCAUAUUAUUUUAUUUUAUUUUUGUAUUUAAAUAUUUAAUGGAAUCAUCAUUGUAAUAUAAUUGCAUUUUAUUUA